AUGAAAUUAGCAGCGUUGGGAAGGUUUUUAGCGAAGUCGGCAGAAAAAUCACUCCUGUUUUAUCAAGUAGUUAAGAGUCAGGUCGGAAAGAACGGUGUAGCAUGGUCGAAGGAAGCAGGAGAGACUCUCGUGAAACUUAAGGAACACUUAAGAAAGUUACCUAAUUUGGCGAGCCCAAUACCAAAUGAGCCUUUGGUAAUAUAUCUUUCCACUAGUCAGGAAGCGAUUAGUGUUGUUUUGGUUGCAGAAAGGGAGAAAAAGCAAGUGCCAGUCUACUUUGUCAUUAAAAGUCUCGACUAUGAUGGUUCAGGAGCAGGAGUCGUGUUGGAAAGCCCAAUUGGAGAGCGAUUUACUUAUGCUUUACGGUUCAAUUUCAAGUGUUCUAAUAAUGAAGCUGAGUAUGAGGCGCUCUUAGUUGGGUUGCAGUUAGCAAUGAGCAUAGAUAUCACGAAAAUAAAAGCAUAUGGUGAUUCUAUGUUGGUGGUAAAUCAAGUUAACGGUUUGUAUGAAGCUAAGGAUGAACACAUCAAGAAGUACCUGGCGAAGGUAGAGGAAGCAAUUAAAAAAUUCGACGAGUUCCAGAUAGUUCGAGUUCCGAGGUCGAAAAACAAAGAAGCUAACACACUUAGCAAACUAACAUCGGUGGUUUAUCAUCAUCUAUCGAAACGACUUUUAGUUGAGAUACUAUCAAAGAAAAGUAUUGAAGAAAAAGUAGAACAAUUGUGGGAGCUGGAAGAGGAAGACAGGUCCUGGAUAGUUCCAUACAUCCAAUAUUUGCAAAAAGGUUGCUUACCCUCACGUGAAAAAGAGGCACAGAAAGUAAGAGUCAAUGUCGCGAAUUACAUCAUGUAUUCAGGUCGUUUAUAUCAGAAAGGUUAUUCGAUUCCUUGGCUUAAGUGCUUAGGAAAAAAGGAAGCUCAUCAAGAAGUACCCGACGAAGGUAAAGGAAGCAAUUAA